ACUCUGGAAAAUCUACCGAUGAUUCAUAUUCCGGUUGUUGGAGCCUUGCGUUGGUCAAGUUAACUGCACUCCCCAACCCUUCCCAGUGACCGUGAUUCAACUGUUAGUUGAGUUUAGCCAGUGCGAAACAGCGGUCGUGUGGUACAUUCACGUUAAUUCGGCUUUGGUGCUAAAACAGUGCAUUAGAACCUAGCAAAAUGUCGCUCUACCCAUCGCUCGAGGAUAUGAUGGUGGAUAAAAUGGUGCAGACGCAGAACACGGUCGUGGCCGCAGCUGCUGCCCAACAGCAACAACAGUGGCAAAUCCCACCGACGGCACCAGGUAACGAAACUAAGGUGCCCCCAGCGUACAGCAUGUAUCCCACGUUCGAAGGAACGCCCGGUGCUACUGCUGCCGCUCCGGAGAAAGCGCUAGGACAUUACCCGACCGCACCUGGAGCCGGCGGUUUCAUGUAUCCAGAUCUGUACGAGUACAUGGGAUUGGAGCUUUCGAAGGAGAUGAUUGCCGCGAGCCUACCCCAGUACAUGCCCCAGGCGACGGUCAAUGCGGCGGCCACAGCCAUUGUACCCCAGCAGUCUCAGGUCGCCAUCGUGAACAACGCAAAUAUGGUCGCACCCGUGAGCGGCAAUUCCGUUGGGCUUCGGCGCGGCCAGGUGACGAACGGCAUUCGUGAGCUUAUUAUGUGCAAGGGCGCGGACAAAAAGGUCGGACUGCGUGUGCAAGCAAUCGAUAAGGGCGUUUUCGUAUGUCUAGUCGUGAAGAACAGUCCGGCAGCACUGGCCGGGUUGCGAUUUGGAGAUCAGAUUCUACAAAUCAAUGGAAAACUUGUCGCCGGCUUUUCCGUCGACGAUUGCCACAAGCUGCUGAAGAAGAGCGACAAAAAUAACAUUUCAGUUGUCGUACGAGAUCGCCCAUUCGAGCGAGCCAUCACUCUGCACAAAGACUCAUCGGGAAGCUUCGGAUUCCAGUUCAACAAUGGCAAAAUUACGGCCAUCAUGAAGGACUCCUCGGCCGCCCGUAAUGGACUGCUGGUCGAUCAGCAGCUGCUGGAAGUGAACGGGCAGAACGUGAUCGGGCUGAAGGACAAGGAGAUCACGCAACUGAUCAACGCCUCCGAACAAGUGAUCACGUUGACGAUCGUGCCGAAAGUGAUCUACGACGUGAUGGUGAAGAAACUGUCCACUUCCUGGCUGCGCGGAAAGAUGGACCACUCGGUGCCAGAUUUCUAAAGUGCCCCGUAUUGAACCGGUCUCGGAGCAACAACGCAACGCAGCACAAUUUACACGAAAAAAAAGGUAAAACACUGUUCCACUUUAACGGCCAAACAGGAAACUCAUACGGGAACCUCAUUAUUAGCAACGAACCAAAACUGUCCAACAAUUUUUAUACUGAACGCAACCGUUUGUGUUUCAACAGUUAUAUAACCGUUAGACUACACUUCCUUCAGUCCGCCUCAGAUGGGAAAGGAGGACCAUUCCUUUUCAAAUAUAAACUCGUGUUUUAACUUUUAUCGUACCGUUAAUGAUAGCCUUUAUACUCCCCUCUACGUCUGCCAUCAUUACAACGGAUAAACAUUAUAAUUCGUAUUCGUAUAAUUCGUAACUUCAUUAAUCGUGCAACAAAUAUUAUCGUGCGUCUUAAAAUACACCACCCUCACUUUGCCGCUGGCUCUUUGCCGAUGCCCGAACACAUGAUUGUCCAUGCUGCAAGGGUCACCAAUCAUAUGGCUAGGUUAGCACAUCGGUGUCGUUGGAACGUAUCAAUAUUAUUAUUAUCCAUUAUGUUUGUAAGAUGCAAUAAAACUUCAAUUAGUAUUGA